AUGGAGGACUACUCUAACCAGGUGUUGGACUUUGAUGACGCCAGCAACUUUUUGUCUAUGCUCCUGUCGACGGUUCCCUCGCUCGACAGAGACAAAUGGGAGGUACCGGCACCCGAAGGUCUGCUGUCUGACGCUCACAAACUGUUAUUUGACAACUUUGAUCAGUUAUCUGCCGAGUUCAUGGCCCGCUCCGCUACUGACAUGGCCAACGACUUGGCCUCCGACUUGAUGAACCCACAGCAACAGCAGUUCCAACUGUAUGCCCAAGACUUUGCUCCACGUAUGCUGUCCUUGAGCCUGGAGUCCUACUCUGACCUGAUUGGUUCUCACUUUGGCGUGUCCACCAACGGUACCCCCAACACAUCCGUGUCACUGCCGCACGUACUGCCUGCGGCUAAUAUCAAGAAGGAGCUUGCUCUGCCUUACUAUCCGGACUUAUUUUCGACUGCUGCGCUCGCAAAUGCUUCCAGUGCCGAACUGGAGAUUGAGUCAGCCGAUACCGCGGAGCCAGUGGAACAAGACGUUUUGUCUCCAAAGCUGAAAGUACUCACCAAAGCAAAGGUGACAAAGCCUACAAAGAAGACAAACGUAUCGCACAACAUGAUUGAGAAGAAGUACAGAACUAACAUCAACUCCAAGAUCUUGGAGCUCCGUGACGCGGUGCCAACUUUACGAAUUGCUACCGGCAAGACAAACGUGCUGGUGGCCGACUUAGAGGGUUUGCUGCCUGCUUCAAAACUCAACAAGGCUUCGGUUUUGACUAAAGCUACAGAAUACAUCAAGCACUUGGAGCGCAAGAAUGAGGUUAUGCUCCAACAGAUCACCCGCUUGCAGAGCCUCAUCCAGGAUGCAAACAUGAACCCUGCGCCUCAGAUGCGGGCUCUUCCUCCCCAAUCUAACGACAAUAGCGGUUUUGCUUUGAACUCACAGACUUUCGAUGGUUCCAAUGACUUCAUGUUCACCAGCAUGCCAAUGUCUAACCGCCCAUCGCAGCUGAACAACAUGAAUACAAACAUGAUGUUGGGAGGCAUUGCUUCCGUCAUGGGUAGUACAUUGAUGUCGAACGACAACUUUAGAGGCUUGGCUGCAAUGCCAUUCGUUCCCUCUGUGCUUUCCAACCCAUCUCCACUUACCUUCCAGCUCUUGAGCGUGAUCAGAUCUGCUGUAUUUAUGGCUGGUGUGGCUAUGAUCAUGACUCCAUUCAUUCGUCUGUUGCGAAGAUCUGAGAAGGAGUCUGCGGACAAUGGCUUGGUUACUUUUGCAAUGGUAACUAUAGGCUUGCGCAUGCCUGCUCCCCUUUCACCCAAAGAUAAGGUCGCUUUGCUUGAGCAUUUGUUAAACAAACAACCAUGUUCAACUCUUGAUUUGAUCUCGCACUUCACCACUUUGAGUGCAAGCGAGGUCAACUUUGAGAAUAAUUUCUUGUACGUACUCGUGGGCGCUUUGCUUGUGAAGAGAGCUCCUCUUUUUGCCAGAGCUUUCAAGCUCAAUAUGAGAUGGAGAUCUGCAUUGUUGUUGAACCUCGAUUACUCUGGUGAUGAUUCCAACUUGAAGAAGCUUAGUAUGUUGAUCAAGACGUUAGACGGCUUGUCCAUGUUUGAUUCAGACCGCAUGAUCUCUCGUCUCAAUAACUUGGCCUCCAACAAGCCAAUCAAUGACAAUAUCAACAAUGGCGAAAACUACCUCAACUACGUGGAAUUGUAUUUGAGAGAUAAGAACGACUUAUACGCCAUCAUCUUCAAGUGGAGAGUGUUGGAGAUUAUUCAUGAGUUGAAUGUUACAUAUUUGAGUGUUUUUGCGGAAGAUGCUGACAAGAAAGCUGAGACAAUUUCUGAAUUAAAAGACGAUAUCAGGAAGAUUGAUGACUUAUUACUGGGUAACGAGGGUCUCUUGGUUCAGUAUUUCAUGCUGUUCAAGUGCGUUUUGUUCCCGGAGUCGACUCCUGAAUUGAUGAAGUACAUGAAAUGUGAAAUUGUCAAUAACUUGGCCAAGGUUUCUGCCAUUGUUGAUGGUGCUAACUUGACCGACGACGAAGAAAUAAGUGACGAUGAAAGCUAUGCUAGUUGCGGCGAGUCUGAUGGAACAACUGCUCUUUCCCUUGAGAGUGCUUCCACAACAAAGGAUCCUAUUGAGACUUUAGUGAACCAAAAGUCCUUGGUGUACUCGUUGAACUUGGUGAACGAAGAAAAAUUCAUUGUGUUGACAUCGUCAUUAAUUGCAUACUAUUCAGAGAACAAGAACAAUGCCAAAUCUCUCGAUUUGCUACGUUACUUGAAGUUCAAGACAGGUAAGGUGCCCUUAUCAUUGCUCUCUUUCACUUGUUUGGUCAAGCUUUUGUGCAUCUUGGUUAAGCCAGCUGACGAGGAGGAGGAAAAAGAAGAAGAGGAGACCCUAACUUGUUUAGUGGAUUCGUCUACUUCUGUUGUGUUGGAGUCGUUAGUGAAAUUGACAAGAGGAUGGCUCAACGACCACCGCAAGAAAAAUUUCAUGACUAACCGUCUUCGGGGCGAGCUUUCGGAUUUAGUGAUGUCAAAAGGUAUGGCAUUGAACGAAAUAUAA